AUAAGAACAGGCAUCAUAAUGACCACAAAAUGAAGAUUUGGUUGUAAAACCACUCAACCAAGAGAUCCCAAAAGCCAGGAACUGACCUUUUCUAAAGCAAAUUCUUUUGAUCAAUUCAAACCUCAAUAUAACAAUCCCCAAUCUCAUCCCUCUUUCAUAUUUUCCCACCAUGCGGUGUCCGCUAAUAGCCCGUGGAAAGAGCCGUUCUUGAACGGGGAAUCUUCGAGCUUCCACGGGAGAAGCAACAGCUUUUCGUCGACAAAUUCGGAGAGCCUGCAGCUGUGCACAGAAGGGCUGGGGUAUGAGAGCUUGGAUGAUGUUGAGGAUUUGAAAGGAGAGAUGGAGGAAGAGGAAUGGCAGAGGGAGGUGGAAGAGGAAUCAGUGGCCUUGAAGAAGCAGCAGAUUCAAUAUCAAAAUUUGAAGCCUGGGAUGAUUAGGAGAUCAAGAUCAGCAAAUAUGGCAGAUUUUCCUCCACCAAUUUCUUGUAUGGGGAAAAGUGGGAUGCCUUGGGUUGGUUUCAAGUCCUACAGAUAUGGGGGAAGGUUUAUAUUGAAGGAAAUAAGAGUUCCCACACAUGAAUUUCUUCAUGCUUCAAGGGAAAAUGGACGUCUGAAACUGCAUAUUCUUUUACCAAAUGAGCAGACCAUAGAGACCAAGGAAGAGGAAGAAGAAGAGGAAGAGGAAGAAGAGGAAGAGGAAGAAGAAGAAGAAGAAGAAGAAGACAAGAAGAAGCAAGAGAAAGAAAAUGGUAUUGGGAAAUGCAAGGUUGUAAUUGAAAAUGGCCCAUAAUGAGAUAAGAGGCCAUCACUUUUCUUAGGUAGAAUAUUGCUGCAAGCUUGGACUUUUCAAGUCUCUGCUUUUUUCUUCUUAAAAUUGAUGAAUAUGCCUUCUCAAUGA